UGUGGUCACGACGCCCCGGGCAGUCGGGUGCAUUAAAAGGCGGCGCACCGCUGGCGGGGAUGCUCGCUGCUAACCCGCCGCCAGCCCCGUGCCAGCCACUCGCCGCCAUGAAGUCCUACGCGACCGUCCUCCUGCUCGCCGCCUGCGCCUGCCUGAUGGCGCUGUCUACCCAGGUGUCGGCCGGCACGGCCACCGACCGUCUGUUCAAGCCGAUGCACGCCAAUGUGAGGCGCUCUGUCGCCAACCUGGACCCGAGCCUGAACCCCGCCUUCACCCUCAGGAAUCUCAAAUCGCUCACAUUCGGGAACCAAGAGCCAAAUGAACCUCACCAAGGGGGACAACCUGCCACUCAGGAAGACGGACCACCGAAAGUUCCUCACGGAGGUACCCACGGAGGUCCCCAAGAAGGUCCCCACGGUGGUCCCCACGGUGGUCCCCACGGAGGUCCCCAUAAAGGUCCCCACGGAGGUCCCAAAGAAGGUCCCAAAGAAGGUCCCAAAGAAGGUCCCAAAGAAGGUCCCAAAGAAGGUCCCAAAGAAGGUCCCAAAGAAGGUCCCCACGGAGGUCCCCACGGAAGUCCACGUAGAGUUCCAUUGCCUCCCCAGGUCAGAAAUCAGGUCAACCAGCUGAUCAUGAUGAAAGCUGGAGAGUAACCACUGUCUUGUUCGAUUCAAAUAAUAUGAAAUGUGGCUGUGAUAUAAUUCGUCAAAAUUUGA